GUACUUCAAGCGUAACUCCUAGUAGCACACGCAUAGUCAGUUCGGCUCAAACUCAAAGCCCGGUUGGUCAAAGAACCGACCCGGCUACCUGAGCUUUCCGCACAAGCCCGGCCCCACACAAACAUGCUCAUGAAGUUUUCCAGCGGUGCUCUGUCUCGCGCGGGCCUUAUACGCGCCUGGCCGUCAUUUACGCAGCGCGUCGCCCGCCCCAGCCCGGUUGCUGACCCGCGGCAGACUGCCACAUGGCGAUCUGGGCAAGGGCUUGGAGGGUGGAUCCGCUCUCGCGCCGUGGAGACGUCUGCAGGUCCGAGCGGCGAUGAGAUCACCAAACUUCUUUGGGAGCUUCCGCCAGACUUGUCAGCGCGUGUUUCCAUUGCUCUCUGGGAUCUCAAGGAGCAGGUUGCCGCCAAGUCCGCCCAGUUCGCCGCCCAGUCCGACCAGGUCGCCGCCCAAUCCGCCCAGGUGUUGGCUAUGGCUGUCAAGCUGGCUGCCAAGUCCGACAAGCUGGCUGCCAAGUCCGACAAGCUGGCUGCCAAAACCGAGGAGCUGCACAGGACCAAGCAGUCGCUCUCGCGCGCUCUCUACGCUGCUGGCGUCGUGAACGCCCGAACUCUCCUGGAGUACGUGGUGAUGCAGUGGGAGGAGGAGCUGUUCUGCUCCGUGGGGAGGGUGAAGCGCCACAAGGUCUUCAAAGCUGGGCUCCGCAAGCGCAAGGAGCUGGUGAAGUGCCUACGGCGGGAUGUGCCCACCUGGGUGCACGCCGGCAUGGACGAGGAGCAGAUGGUGGAGGAUAUGGCCAAGAACCUGGAGGCCGUCAUGCUGGAUGCCAGCAACAACAUCCACACAUUCCACCCCGUGAUCGGGCUGACCCUGCUCAAGACGGGGCACAGCGCGCCCACGGUGGCUGCGCUGGCGUGCCUUGCAGACAGCAUGGGAGUGCUGUGCCACAUCAUGGAGGUGAAGACCAUGGGCGACCAGCGCGACGAGAACGACAACGAUGUCACCUCCGUGUGAGAGGUGUGUGGCUCGGCAGUAUGUCCGGCCGUGGCGAUUCUGGGCACCUGUCGUCUGCUUCAACCCCAGCACUAAUAAGCAGGCAGCGAGAUUUUGCCUUGGUACGUCCGUGGCGGCGUCCGUGGCGGCUGUAUGGGUGGUUUUGGGGCUUUGCCAGUCAACAUGGUCAUAGCAGCAGGGGCGGCUGAGCGGACGUGCCUAGAGAGGGCUGCUGGCUCCUCUGGGGCAAUGCCAUUGCAUUCCUGGGGGCGGCUUGGCAAGAGCGCAUGGGCGUCAUCAGUGACCUGCCACACCAGUGACCUGACCCAAGACGGUGAGGCAGAACAACAGCACUUGAACACCUAAAAAAAUAGGCUCUCAUGUGACUAUGGAGCUUGGAGCAUGUACUUGUCAACCCAGGUGGGGUAAUUGUGCCCCAUGCACCCCAAUGCCCACACUCCCCGCCCAUGUGGUAAAAGGUGUUGAUUUACCACAUGCAAUUGAUUUACCACAUGGGCGGGGAGUGUGGGCAUUGGGGUGCAUGGGGAACAUCGUUCCCAACUAUUAACCCUGCUGGGUUGACAAGUACAUGCCCCAAGCUGCAUAGGCAUGUUGGAGCUUAUUCUUCAGGUGUUCAAGUGCUGUUGUUCUCUGUCAGUCAAGGUUUAUGGCUCGGCCUACGUCAAGGUGGAUGUCACGGUGUGUGUUUUAUGGUUUCAUGUUUUGUUCAUGUUUAGUAGCUGUUGUGCGGACGUCCCUCCGCGCGUGUGUGUGUGUGUGUGUGUGUGUGUGUGUGUGUGUGUGUGUGUGUGUGUGUGCACGCGCGCGUGCGCGCGAGAACAGAAUACAGAACCGAUGCAUGUGUGUAUAUAUGUGUGUGUCUGUGUGUGUCUGUAUGUCUCUGUGUGUCUCUGUGUGUCUCUGUGUGUGUGUGUGUGUGUGUGUAUGUGUGUGUGUGUGUGUGUGUGUGUGCGCGCGCGCGCAAUGGAGUCAUAUUUCUGGGAAAUGAAGAGCCUUGCUACACGGUUGCAGGGCUCUGGCGGGCUGUGGCUUGGCUUCGACUUGUGACGGUGUAGCAGCUGAGACACGAGUAUGCGCAGACACAAGGCACGGUUUGGUGAAGGUCGACAGCCAACUGGGUCGAGGGCGGUGUGGGCUAAGCCCAACCCCGCAACUAAGAGGGGAAAUACCCCCCGCCUUGUAAUGAGCCGUACGA